AUCGCCACAGCCAACGAAUCCUGUAGGUGUGUUGUGACGCUAGGCACACACUUAGGCGUUGCACACAAAAUAACACGUGUGUAACAACCAAAUUAAGGACAUUUGCACAUUAUUUUGCCACUCAGUCCAGAUUGGCUGCGCCAUUGGCAAAUGUGUCAGCUAAUGGGCUAGUUUCAUGGUGGCAGAUGCGAUUUCUUCGAGCUGCGGUGUCACUGGUGUCGCCGCGUCUCACCCGCCUUUUGAGGGGUUGUGGUGUUGUGGUCCUGUGGUGAACUCAUGAAAAGAUGCCUCAACGGCGCGGCUAAGAAACCGGUACAGAAGCUUGUGUGCCGCGUCGUUUCAAGGAAAGUGCGAUGGCUGUUGCCGUGGCUGUGAUUGGCAGAGAGAAUUCUCCAUUGUUUGUAAAGACUGUGACACCAUGUAAUGAGCUCAAAUUUUUGUAUACUAUACACACGUCACUGGAUGUUGUCGAAGAAAAAAUAUCACCUGGGAACAAGAGCUCUGGAGAUGUCCGGGAGCUGUACUUAGGAUUACUGUAUCCCACAGAGGACUAUAAAGUUUAUGGAUAUGUGACGAACACUAAAACCAAGUUCAUAGUAAUUGUGGAAACCUCACGUACAACUCUCCGGGACAACGAAAUCCGGCAGAUGUUUCACAAACUUCAUGCUUCAUACUGUGACGUUGUUUGCAAUCCCUUCUAUGUCCCUGGUGGCCAGAUACUGUCCAGAUCAUUCGACAGUACAGUCAAUGGAAUAAUGACUGGAGAGUGACUUAAGAAGAUGCCCACCUUUGUAGUAACUGAAAGAAUAAAGUUAUGCUGCCAACAGCCUGUUUUA